UGUCACAGACGAACGAGGACUAACGCCUUUGUGGUGGACUUGCUAUCAAGGUCAUGCCGUCUGUUCCGAGAUGUUGUUGUCUGUCGGAGCCGAUCCUUUCUACAAGAGACGCGCAUCGAGGAGUAAUCUGAGUGUUCUUGUCUGUGGAGUGUCGUGCGACGAUAGCCCACUGGUAGCAGCCAAAAAGAGAAAUCACCAAAACAUUGUGGAGAUGAUGCAUCAACAGGCACAAGAUGUCUCAACUGUGGAUUCCCACACUUUACUGGAAGACGUAAGUAAACGUUUCUAUGGUGCGGUCACAAAUGCUUACAAAGUAAAUACAUGAUGUUCAAUCAGCGUAACAGCCGCUAUUCAACUGCUGACUACCGCAUGAGAUCUCAGCUAAAGGAAGUCUCAGCCGAAGUGUUGUUAUUGAAAACAACACUAGCUGAGAAAAAUGAAACUAUUCAAUGCUUGAAGAAGACUGUGAAUCAACAGAGAGAAGAACUGACGUUGAAAGACAGGCUGAUAGCGUCAAUAACUAAAGCAUGGAGAAGAAUGAGAGGGAAGCUUGAGACUAUAGAUGAACAGUUGGUUACUGACACCCACAAUUCGUCUUGGGCCAAAAUUCAUCAAUCUCCUGUUGACCGCGAUGUCACACUACACGAAAUCCGCAAUAUCUACCUUAAAAUCUGUCACUGUUGGAAGGCAGUCGCCCGCAAUCUCGGUCCGAUUAGUCUUGCCGACUACGAAAUCAACGGCCUACGAGACAGUGAGUGCGACGAGUGUUGCUACCAGAUGCUCACACUGUGGCAAGAAAAGCAACGACAGCAUGAUCGACGUGCGUCGGUCUUUCACCUCUGCUCGGCGCUCAUCCGCGUCAACCUCGCUGAUGCUGCACAAGACGUUUUCGGAGCGGACGUCGUCCGUGACGUUUAUCAAAUGAUGUAGGAGAAUGCGACAAAAUUGUAGUAGAUAUCUGCUGGCAGAUAUCAAAAGGACUUGUGGACAGUAUAGUUGACGUCUGUAGACGUGAUUUAGUACGACUGUUUUGUUGGCUGCUAUAGAAUGGUCAACUGUUGCUGCAUGACGUUUAUGCGCGCGUCACAAUUGCCGAAGUUAUCAUUUAUAAAUUUUGCAAAAGCGUGAAGGCCUUGUUGCAUGUCCGAGUAGCUAAUAAUUAAAGUACAUUAGGUGGGAUAGCU